AUGGGAGUGUGGUGUAUGCCGAGGCGCUCUGGGACCAUGUCACCAUGGACGACCAGGAGCUCGGUUUCAAGGCUGGUGAUGUCAUCGAAGUAGUAGAUGCCACUAACAAGGAGUGGUGGUGGGGUCGCAUCAUGGAAAGCGAGGGCUGGUUUCCUGCAAGCUUUGUGCGGUUGCGUGUGAACCAGGAUGAGCCUAUGGAGGAGUAUCUGGCCCACCUGGAAGAGGCGCAUGCUGGAGAGGAGGACCAGGGAGGUCUGGGCUUAUUAAUGGGACCUGGUUUACCCUGCAAAGAGCAGAUGAGGACCAACGUCAUCAAUGAGAUCAUGAGCACAGAGAGAGACUACAUCAAGCACCUGAAAGACAUCUGUGAGGGUUAUAUCAAACAGUGUCGCAAGAGGACAGACAUGUUCACUGAAGAGCAGCUUCGUACUAUCUUUGGCAAUAUUGAAGAGAUCUACCGAUUCCAGAGGAAGCUCCUGAAAGGCCUGGAGAAGAAGUUCAACAAGGAGCAGCCGCACCUCAGCGAGAUUGGCUUCUGCUUCCUAGAACAUCAAACAGAUUUCCAGAUCUAUUCAGAGUACUGCAACAACCACCCCAACGCCUGUGUCCAGCUGUCUAAGCUGAUGAAAGUCAACAAGUACGUGUUCUUCUUUGAAGCCUGCAGACUGCUCCAGAAGAUGAUCGACAUUUCCUUGGAUGGCUUCCUGCUCACUCCGGUUCAGAAGAUCUGCAAGUACCCACUGCAGCUGGCUGAGCUGCUCAAAUACACCAACCCACAGCACAGAGACUACAAAGAUGUGGAGGCAGCCUUGAACGCCAUGAAGAACGUGGCAAGGCUGAUCAACGAGAGGAAACGGCGUCUAGAAAAUAUUGACAAGAUUGCCAAAUGGCAGAGCUCCAUAGAGGACUGGGAGGGUGAGGACAUCCUCAGCAGGAGCUCUGAUCUCAUCUUUUCAGGGGAGUUGACCAAGCUGUCCCAGCCUCAGGCCAAGAGUCAACAGAGAAUGUUUUUCCUCUUUGACCAUCAGAUGGUGUACUGCAAAAAGGACCUCCUGCGCCGGGAUAUGCUGUACUACAAGGGUCGGAUGGACAUGGACCACAUGGAGGUUGUAGAUUUGGAGGAUGGCAAGGAGAAGGACUUCAACAUCAGUGUGAAGAACGCCCUGAAGCUGCGAUCGCUUCAUGGUGAUGAGGUCCACCUCCUGUGUGCCAAGAAGCCUGAGCAGAAACAGCGCUGGCUCAGAGCCUUUGCUGAUGAGAGGAGGCAGGUCCAGCAUGACUCUGAGACAGGCUUCUCUCUCACAGAGGUCCAAAAGAAACAAGCCAUGCUAAAUGCCUGCAAAAGCCAUCCAGCUGGGAAACCCAAAGCGGUGACCAGACCCUAUUACGACUUCCUUCUGCGACAGAAACACCCCUCCCUCCCCGCUGCUUUGCCCCAGCAGCAGGUCUUCAUGCUGGCUGAGCCCAAGCGCAAAACCUCAACCUUCUGGCACAACAUUGGCAGACUGACACCAUUCAAGAAGUAGAAAAA